AUGGUUUACUGCGGCAAGGCUUCGAAGGGCUGCCAGAAUUGCCGGACCCGACGAAUCAAGUGCGACAGAGUUCAACCACAAUGUACACAAUGCGUACGGGUUCGCAAGACAUGUCCCGGUUAUCGAGACCCGCUCUCCCUCAUGUUCCGGGAUGAGAGCACCAAGGUGAUGCAAAAGGCCCAGGCCCAGUGGCAGUCGGAGACCUGGGAAUCGUCCAGUUCUUCGUCCUCCCCACCCGACUCAACAAGGAACCAGGAGCCGAUCCCAGAAUCUACAGCGCCCCCACCAGCCGCCGUAACAGCAAGUGAUAGUCGAAAACCGGCCGUAAGUAGGGGACUCACUCUGGAGAUUGGCCCGACUGCCGUGGACAAGGCCAUCCGGUUUUUUGUCGACCGCUAUGUCAUAGGACUCCCAGACGAGCCCAGAGCAGGCCAUGAACUUCAGGAGGUGCCGUGGGUUCACUCGCCUAGGAUGCGGGAUAUCCUGGCGGCCGUUGGGAUGGCCGGCAUGUCGAAUCUCACCGACGAUAAGGAGAUGAGCACCCUGGCGAAGCACCACUACGGACUGGCUCUACAGCGGAUGGCGGGUGCGGUGCGAUACGUGGGGAGUGUGGAAUUGGAGAUGGUCAUGCGGACCGUGGUCAUGAUGGCCAUGUAUGAGGUUAUUGCUGGCACAGAUGGACCAGCCAGAAGCAUACACGUCAUGGGAGCCGCCGCUAUCUUGAGAAAUGCACUCCCCGCACCACAAUUACCGUCCGAGGGGCCCCGCGCCCUUCUACAACUAUGCUUUUCCACGCUGUCUUCGAAACAGAGUUCGACCCAGCACUCCUCUUCAGAACCCAACGUCCUGAUCCCCACCCAUAUUGACUCGCAAUGCGACCCGCUACCGCCAGCCCUUUUCGGCUGGAUAGCCGCCAUCGACCAGAUGGCUUCCGAUGAAGACAAACCCUCCGCCAAACUCGUCAAGAUCAUCGCCCGCUUCGUCCAACUCUCCACCGGCCUCCGCAGCCAUCGUUUCCUCGACGGCCACCCCAAAACAGCCGACACAAUCCGCGAAGCCCUCGACAUCAACCUAUCCCUCAAAUCCUGGGCCCAACAACAAGACAACACCCCCUGGGCCUUCACCGAAGAGCACAUCGAUCCCCCCUUCUUUCCCCCCGGCACCGUCUUCGAUAACUCCUACCACAUCUACACCAACACCUACAUCGCCCGCGCCUGGAACCACUACCGCUGGACGCACAUCCUCACCAACCAACUCCUCCUCGAAGCCGCUACCCGCUUCCCCAUCACAUCCACCACCCUCCUGCCCCCGUCCCACCAACACCUCGCCCGCGACCUGAUCACCCACCUCGCGCGUGACACUUUAGUCUCCGUCCCAACCCACUACCGCCACCCGAAACUAGAGCCAAAACACUGGGAUUGCUUCGACAAGACCAACCCCGGCGCGGUGCUGGGGCUACCGGGGGUGCCGACGGUGUUGUUCCAGGUGAAAGUAGCGGCGUGCGCGCCGGGGGUUUGUAGGAGGUAUCGGGAGUGGGCGCUGGAGAUGCUGGAGACGGCGUGGAGGGAUUUGGGAAUGGUGCAGGCGAGGGUGUUGGCGGGGUUUGUGAGAGAAUCGACAUUGGGAGUUAAGGAAGAGUGUGAAUAG